GGCAGCUUUUAGACUUUCUAGACGACGAUAGCUGGACGUCCGAACGCGCAGCUUUUCCUGCGAGCAUCGACGAUGGCUGGUCGUUCCCCCCUGUCACAUCCUUUGAGAUCGAGGCAUUCCCAAUGCCAUCUGAUCUCCAGCAGCCAACCAGCACCAAUAGACAGUCUACUUCCAUAACCACUUUAGUCUCGCAACCAUCUGAACUUCCUUCUAGCACAGCAAAUCUCCGUCCGAUGAGCCCGCAUUCGCCUAAACAACUGACUGGGAGUGGAUUAGCUCAGGGCCGUCAGGAUUGGACCCAAUUCGGGCCCGUUGUCGCCCUUUGUAAGAUGGUACGGCUCCUUGAAGCCCAGAUGCAUGCACAUCCGACGGCUGUGGACGAAGUCAUGAGGCUGAAUCAGGCAUGUAUCAGAGACGUAUCGAAGAUAUCAUCGAAAACGGAGUAUAUGCAAUGCAGGAGCUGCCCCGCUCUGAUUUCGACCAUUAUGGAGCUCAUUGUGACACGGUACGAGGAUAUCACCAACGACCAAGGCCACGGCCGGAUGUCUUCGGUUACUUUAUCGACACCCAGCACACCAUUUCUACAGUUUGGCGUCUUUGAGCUAGAUGCCGAAGAACAGACAUUGAUCCGCAAUCGAAUCAUAUGCAAGGAGGCGCAGAAAUGUGUUACAAUUAUACGGACACUCAAACAAUUGCUCGUCACGAAGGUGGCCACUGGAACCGAUGUUUCUUCGCAGGCCUAUGCACUUGGCAACUGGUAUGAUGGCAUGGAGAAGCGGAUGACCGAUCUUAUCUCACGUUUAAUACCCGCUUGAGGAGCAGUCUAAAACAAGCAGCAUUUAUACAGCGAGAGUGGUUUUCAAUCGGCGCGGUGUUUAGGGUCUUCUCAUGAUU